AUGAAAGCAUUUUCCGAUGACAGUAUUGGCAGUCUUCUGGGGACUUUGAUGUUCACAGUUGAUGAAGAAAAUGUAGUAGGUGUUUUAGCAGCGGGCAUUCUUCCUAUUGGAUCAAUCAAACCACCAAUGCAGUUUUUUGUUAACUGCGACCCGUACUCAAUCAGGGUUGGCGACAUUUUUUAUUCCACAGUAAAAAAUCAGUUAAUGGUAGUUUAUUCAAGUGUAGGCCAAUAUUGUGCAGAAGUAAAUAGUCCUGGUAUAAAUACUCAAAUGAUUGGUUUCGACUUGGAUAGUUUUGAUUAUUUGAAAUCCGGUGUAGUGUGGGCUAUUGCUCGGAGGUGGCUCAAAUUAGUGUUCAAUAUGUGUUUCAUUUCUGAGACUUUUGCUCGUGCGAUCAUUGAUUGGGAAGAUCAAUCCAAGUUCUUCGUUGAAAAAUUUAAUUCAUUUGGUACGGAAAAAACGGCAGAUCAUGGCCUAGGUGAAUGUCUUAUUAAUAUGAUAUUAACGGGACAAGCCAACCCAGAUCUGGUAAAUUUUUAUAGAAAUGUUCUAAAACCAGCAGAAUGGAAAAAAAUGGCAAAUUGGGUGGACAAAGGUUUCAGUGACUUAAUUGGAAGUAUUGGCAAAGAUCUCCUUCCGGGAGCAGAAGCUUUGCAACAUAAUGUGAGACAGUUAUUAACCGAAAUAUGCUGCACACUGCAGGGUUCUAAACCGAAAAAUAUUCUUCCGAAACGCUUGUUUGAUGUUGAUGUAUAUCCUUACGGCAAAUAUGUGGAAGAAGAGAGUGAUGAAGAAUCACUGAAAGAGCUUAAAAAUUUGCAUAAUUUAGCGGAAGAUGUCAACAACAAAAUGAAUGAAAUGCAUUUAAUUGCUGUUCGGAAUAGAAAAGAUUUGAUGAAUUUCAUGAGUUGGUUAUCGCAAACACCUCCAUUUACUGCAAAGAAUAAACGAUCUGCUACAGAUAUGAAAUUCGAUGUGCAGUUAGUAAUUGAAUAUAUAAAACAGGCAACUAUGUCAAUUAAUGGGAAUGGAAGCAGUCAAAAUAAAGCCAUGAGUUCUGCACAGAAGAACUACUCGUUUGACAAAGUUCUUCAGUAUUUUAAGUGCCAAAAACCUCUCAAAUGCCGUUUGGAUGUGCGAAGUAACCUUUGGAAUAUAUUACCUGAACAAGAAUCUACCAGAACCUUAACCGAUUGUAUCACAAGUUGUUUUGAUGCUUUGCAAACCGUACAAGAUGUUAUUCAGAAAAGAUUCACCCUCGCAAUCGUAGCGGUGACAAAUGAUGUGUUGGAGUUGAACCAUGAGGAAGGUUUUGAAAAGUUUACGAUUUUUUCACCUUCUCAAGCUGCAUUGGAGUGUCGUACGAAUGGCGAGCAAAAGUGGCGGCAAACAAUGGCAAGUGAACCAUUUGCGGUGUCCUGUAUCGGUGUUGAUGGCAAUCGUCAUAUAAUUUAUGGCGCUUUAGGCGUAGUUUUUUACAAAAUGCAUUACACGAAGCAGUCUAUGAAAAGUACUGAUGAGAAUGCUGGCGUCAAACAGAAAUCACAAGGAACUGUGGAUAGUAGUUUUCGUCUAGAAUUCGAUAACACUGAUUUGUGUACAGAUGAACGGCAGUCGGAAGUAGGAGAAAAUGUGAUGGGUGUUGAUAUUGCUAUGCCUAAGUCGCCAGCAUCAGCGAAGUUGUUGAGAGUCGAAGAAUGUCUAAAUUCAUCAAUUAAUCGCCGAUUGAUGCAUUUUGAGUGGGUUGGUAACGGUAAUUUUUAUGGAUUGUUGGGAAUUUCUAAAGGAAAUAAAGAAGAAACAUUACUGUUCAGGACCAGUCUUGUUGAUGACACGAGUUAUGUGCAUGAGGAUACAUCGGGAUGCAUGGAAACAUAUUGUUCAUGUGCCAUUUCCUUACGACAAAAGUCAGGUAUUGCAUUCACUGAUAAUGGUGCGCGGGCAAAGUGGUUUGAAAUCAAAAUAGCAGAGGAUCAUGUUUCACAGGUGACUCGAAAGAAGCCCAAAAAUAUCAAUUAUAAAGAUGAAAUACCAACGAAUCAAAGGGCUCAGGCACAGAAUACCGAAACAAUGGAAGUAAAUACAGAGGCAGAAUCCGAAAAAGAUGCAGUUCCCGGUGAAAGAUUUGCUAGUAUAUAUCUUUCUUUCUUCCCGAGUAUUGUGUCGGAAGGUCAACAAAUAAUAAAUGCAGUCGAAGGAGGAUGUAACGUGAAUGAAGAUUGUGAUAACACCAACGAUGUGAAGAACUUGUUACAACGUGAAACACGUAGAGGUGAUGUUAUAUCACCGCAUCGAGCAAUACUAACUCUAUCUAAAAGUAUGUUUAAUGCCGGCUGCUUCUCUUUACCGUAUGCCUGGAAACUUGGUGGUUUAUGGAUGUCGUUUGCUUUGAAUUUUAUCAUAGCUGGCUUUAACUGGUAUGGAAAUCACAUUCUUGUUAGGUCAUCACAACAUUUGGCAAAAAAGUCAGAACGUGUUUCACUUGAUUAUGGUCAUUUUGCCAAGAAAGUUUGUGAUUUUAGUAGUAUAAGAUUCCUACGAAAUAAUAGCAAAGUUGUCAUGUAUAUAGUGAACGUUACCAUACUUUUCUAUCAGCUUGGUAUGUGCAGUGUUGCAAUACUAUUUAUAGCAGAUAAUAUGAAUCAUUUAUUAGGAGAUUAUAUUGUGGGUGGUGUUGUAGCAAUGGCUCUAAUUUCUUCUAGUACUGAACUGUCAAGCCCUGGAACAGAUGUAGUCGGCAAGUUCUCAGAAUAUGGUGCUAGUUAUGAACUGAGGAAACUUAUGCUUAUUUUUCUUUUAGUACCUAUUUUUGUUCUCAAUAUGUUUACGGAAAUGAGAGUGCUUAGCGUAUUUGCAAUGUUUUCAUCUGUGUUUUUCUUACUGGGAGCUAUUUCCAUCAUGCAGUUUACUGUACGACAACCAAAUCACUGGAAUGAACUUCCAUCUACUACAAACUUUACCGGGAUCAUUAUGUUCGUAGGAAUGGCGAUGUAUGCCUUCGAAGGGCAAACAAUGAUUCUACCAGUGGAAAACAAGCUGGAAACACCAGAAGAUUUUUUGAACAACUUUGGUGUUUUGCCAACUACGAUGUCAUUGUGUACUUUGUUCAUGACUGCAAUAGGCUUUUUCGGUUACACUGCCUUUGGCUCCAGUAUAAAACCUACAAUUACGAUGAAUGUACCAAAAAAGGGAUUAUAUUCAACUAUAAAUGUGUUUCUGAUACUGCAAUCAAUGUUGGGUCAUUCGAUUGCUAUGUACGUCAUAAUAGAUAUGUUUUUUAAUGGAUUUCAACGAAAAUUUUUAAAUCGUUUUCCCACUGUUCCGAAGGUCUUUGUGGAUAAAGGAUUCAGAAUAUUCUGGGUAUUGGUUACAGUUUUGAUGUCUAUUGGCGUACCUCAUCUUGAAAUCAUGAUACCUUUAGUUGGAGUGACUAGUGGUACCAUAUGUGCACUUAUAUAUCCACCAAUAUUUGAGAUGAUCACAUUCUGGAGUGACUGGAAGGUUUCACUCACAGCUCGCCAGAGGUAUUUCAAAAUAUCACGCAACAUUGUCGUCAUAAUAAUAGGAAUUUUUGCUAUUUGUUCUGGGGUAUAUGCUAACUGCCUAGCUAUUUUUGAAAAAUUGCGCGUGGCAGAAUAGAA